CCUCCUGCCGCAGGUUUCCAAUUGAUCCUGUUUUCGGAAACUCAGGAGCGAGCAGAGGCCGGGAGGUCCUUAGGUUGGUCUGUGUCUGCGCUGCAAGCGCUCUCUAGAGCUGGCCUGGGGCGAGUAGAGCUUCCAGAUACUUUCACCAUAUGAAGUUGAACAUGGCAGAAGAGGAGGACUAUAUGUCUGAUUCCUUCAUUAAUGUCCAAGACGAUAUCAGACCAGGCUUGCCAAUGCUGAGGCAAAUCCGGGAAGCCCGCCGAAAAGAAGAAAAGCGACAGGAAGCGAAUCUGAAAAACAGACAGAAGAGUAUAAAAGAAGAAGAACAAGAGAGACGUGACACAGGGUUGAAGAAAGCACUCGGCUGCGAAAACAAAGGGUUUGCUCUGCUUCAGAAGAUGGGGUAUAAAAGUGGUCAGGCCCUCGGCAAGAGUGGAGAUGGUAUUGUUGAACCAAUUCCUCUCAAUGUCAAAACAGGGAAAAGUGGCAUUGGUCAUGAGACAUUAUUAAAACGGAAAGCAGAGGAAAAAUUGGAAAGCUACAGAAGAAAGAUUCACAUGAAAAGCCAAGCUGAAGAAAAAGCAGCAGAACAGUUUCGAAUUCGACUUAAAAAUAAGCAAGAUGAAAUGAAGCUAGAAGGAGAUCUUAGAAGAAGUCAGAGAGCCUGUCAACAACUGGAUACUCAGAAGAAUAUUGAAGUUCCCAGGGAGGCCUGGUACUGGUUGAGGCCUGAAGAGGAAACUGAAGAAGAGACAGAGGAAGAACAAGAUGAAGAUGAAUAUAAGAGUGAAGAUUUAAGUGUACUGGAAAAAUUACAAAUACUGACUAGUUAUUUAAGAGAAGAACAUCUGUAUUGUAUUUGGUGUGGAACAGCCUAUGAAGAUAAAGAAGACCUGUCUUCAAAUUGUCCAGGACCAACUUCUGCAGAUCAUGACUAAGAUUAUUCUCAACAAAGUGGAAGCUUGGCAAAUGUUCUUGUUUCCUAAAGACAGAUAGUUGGCCUGUUAGAAUUCCCA